AUGGACUUUGGGUCUCUGGAGACCGUGGUGGCCAACUCUGCCUUCAUCGCUGCCCGGGGCAGCUUUGACGGGAGCAGCGCCCCGUCUUCCAGGGACAAGAAGUACCGGGCCAAGCUCCGGCUGCCCCCGCUGUCCAAGUGCGAGGGCCUCCGGGACAGCCUCGACUCGGAGUUCCAGAGUGUGUGCCGGGAGCAGCCCAUCGGCAAGCGGCUCUUCCAGCAGUUUCUGAGGGCUGACCAGAGGCACGAGCCGGCUGUGGGGCUCUGGCUGGACAUUGAGGACUAUGACACGGUGGACGGUGACCUGCGGCCGCGGAAGGCACAGAGCAUUGUGGCCACGUACCUGGACCCCCAGGCCGAGCUCUUCUGCAGCUUUCUGGAUGAGGGGACCAUGUCGAAGGUGAAGGGGGCGGCCGAGGGGGGCCAGGAUGGGCUCUUCCGGCCGCUGCUGCAGGCCACGCUGGAGCACCUGAGCCAGGCCCCCUUCCAGGAGUACCUGGGCAGCCUGCACUUCCUGAGGUUCCUGCAGUGGAAGUGGCUGGAGGCCCAGCCUGUCGGGGAGGACUGGUUCCUGGACUUCAGGGUCUUGGGGAAGGGUGGCUUUGGGGAGGUGUCUGCCUGCCAGAUGAAGGCCACCGGCAAGAUGUACGCCUGCAAGAAGCUGAACAAGAAGCGUCUGAAGAAGAGGAAGGGGUACCAGGGUGCCAUGGUCGAGAAGACCAUCCUGAGCAAAGUGCACAGCAGGUUCAUCGUCUCUCUGGCCUAUGCUUUCGAGACCAAGACUGACCUCUGCCUGGUGAUGACCAUCAUGAAUGGAGGUGACCUAAGGUACCACAUCUACAGCGUGGACGAGGAGAGUCCCGGCCUCCCGGAGCCGCGCGCCGUCUUCUACACGGCCCAGAUGCUGAGCGGCCUGGAGCACCUGCACCGGAGACGGAUCGUCUACCGCGACCUCAAACCCGAGAACGUGCUGCUGGACGACGGGGGCAACGUCCGCAUCUCGGACCUGGGGCUGGCCGUGGAGCUGCCGGAGGGGCAGAGCAAGACCAGGGGCUACGCAGGGACGCCAGGCUUCAUGGCCCCCGAGCUCCUGCUCGGCGAGGACUACGACUGCUCUGUGGACUACUUUGCCUUGGGGGCCACCCUGUACGAGAUGAUCGCCGCUAGAGGUCCUUUCCGAGCCCGAGGAGAGAAGGUGGAGAACAAGGAGCUCAGGCAGCGCGUCCUCUCGGAGCCCGUUUCGUACUCAGACAGGUUCGGCCGGGCCAGCAGGGACUUCUGUGAGGCCCUGCUGGAGAAGGACCCGGAGAAGCGCCUGGGCUUCAGAGAUGGCUCCUGCGACGGGCUGCGUGCCCACGCCCUUUUCAAAGACAUCAGCUGGAGGAAGCUAGAGGCCGGACUGCUGACUCCUCCCUUCAUCCCUGACUCCAGAACUGUCUAUGCGAAGAGCAUUCAGGACGUGGGUGCCUUUUCCACCGUCAAGGGUGUGGCCUUUGACAAAGCAGACUCGGAAUUCUUCCAGGAAUUUGCCUCGGGCAACUGUCCCAUUCCCUGGCAGGAGGAGAUGAUCGAGACGGGCAUCUUCGGGGAGCUGAACGUAUGGCGCCCUGACGGGCAGAUGCCGGAUGACAUGAAGGGAGUCCCCGUGGAGGAGACGGCCCCCGUGUCCAAGUCAGGAAUGUGUCUGGUCUCCUAG